UUUUAUUUUCAGUUUUCUGUAUUGUUUUUAGAUUUUUAAUAUUAUUGGAUGUUUAAAAAUGAUGUAAGCUGUGAAAACAUAAUACCAAGUUGAUAAAGGAUAAAAGAUAUCUAGUUAAUCUGCCCAAACACAUUUUACACAAUCGAUACGAUGAGUGUUGUAGGAAAAAAGUGUGAAUCGAUACCCACUCUGGAGCAAAAUAGAGAAGAAUUACUUUUGAAUAACGUAACCCCAGAAGAUGUAUUAAGAUUAGAUAAAAUAACAGACACCUAUCUUUGUAGCCCAGAGGCAAAUGUUUAUGAUAUAGAUUUCACACGAUUUAAAAUCCGAGACUUAGAAACUGGGACAGUUUUGUUCGAAAUAGCAAAACCACCGACCGAUUUCGGAGUUGAUAAUGAAGCCAACGAAGAUGCUUCGGAUGAACCUCUCGACCCAAAUGCUGGAAGAUUUGUUCGAUAUCAAUUCACUCCACAGUUUCUUAAACUGAAAACUGUUGGUGCAACGGUGGAGUUUACGGUGGGCGCACGUCCUGUUAACCACUUUAGAAUGAUUGAAAAACAUUUCUUUCGGGACACUUUGUUGAAAACGUUUGAUUUUGAAUUUGGUUUUUGUAUACCAUUUUCUAGGAAUACUUGUGAACACAUUUAUGAAUUUCCUACAUUGCCUCCUGAUUUAGUGGAGGAAAUGAUUGCAACUCCGUUUGAGACAUGCUCCGACAGCUUUUAUUUUGUUGACAAUCAUCUGGUGAUGCACAACAAAGCAGAUUAUGCAUACAAUGGAGGAGUAAACAAUUAAUUCUGCUACCUUCUGUGUAAGUUAUUCCAAUGACCAAUUAAAAAUUUGAAAGUGUAACACAC